AGGCCGAGUCCUCGCUGCUGAAGCCGAAGGUUAUGAUCGCCAUCCUGGCUCGCAACGCGGAGCACAGCCUGCCGCACUACCUGGGCUGCAUCGACAAGCUGGAGUACCCGAAGGAGCGCAUAGCGAUCUGGGCGGCAACAGACCAUAAUGGGGACAACACCACUGCCAUGCUGAGAGAGUGGCUGAAGGGAGCCCAGAGUGUCUACCACUACGUGGAGUGGAGACCCAUGGAGGAGCCGAAGUCCUACACAGACGAGUGGGGUCCGAAGCACUGGCCUCCCUCCAGGUUCAACCACGUGAUGAAGCUGAGACAGGCGGCACUGAAGGCUGCCAGGGAACGAUGGGCCGACUAUAUACUGUUCGUGGAUAGUGACAACCUGCUGACGAACCCUCGUGUGCUCAACCUGAUGAUGGCCGAGAACCUGACUGUGGUGGCUCCCAUGUUAGAGUCUCGCUCUCUCUACUCCAACUUCUGGUGCGGCAUCACCCCACAGGGUUACUACAAGCGAACACAAGACUACCAGCCCAUCAGGGAGUGGAAGCGACUCGGCUGCUUCGCCGUUCCCAUGGUGCACAGCACCUUCCUUGUAGACCUGCGGCGUGAAUCCAGCCGGGACCUGACCUUCUACCCCCCUCACCCAGAUUACAGCUGGGCGUUCGAUGAUAUCAUGGUGUUUGCUUUCUCGGCACGUCAAGUGGGUGUGCAGAUGUAUGUGUGUAACAAAGAACACUACGGCUUUCUGCCUGUCCCGCUCAAGGCCCAGCAGAGUGUGGAGGAGGAAAGGGAGAGUUUCGUACACACAAUUACGGAAGCUUUGAUUGAACACGACAUCGAGACCUCAGAGCACUUGAACUCCUCUCCAUCGUCGCAGGACACGAUGGGCUUUGAUUACAUUUUGCUGAUCAACCUGAAGCGCCGGCUGGACAGAAGAACCAGGAUGCUGAAGUCCAUGGCCUCGUUGGGACUACAUGCGACGCUGACGGACGCAGUGGAUGGCAAGGCUCUGAACACGUCCCAGCUGCAGGCCCUGGGGAUAGAGAUGCUGCCGGGCUACAAGGAUCCUUACUCGGGUCGAGUCCUGACCAGAGGGGAGAUCGGAUGCUUCCUCAGCCAUCACUCCAUAUGGAAACAGGUGAUAGAGCGUGGCCUCCAGAAGGUUCUUGUUUUAGAGGACGACGUGAGGUUCGAGCCCUGGUUUAAACGACGGAUACAGGCCUUAAUGGAGAACAUCGAUAAAGCCCAGCUGGACUGGGACCUCAUCUAUGUGGGACGUAAGCGCAUGCAGGUGCAGCAGCCGGAGCAGUCGGUGGACGGCAUAAACAACCUGGUCCUGGCCGACUACUCCUACUGGACGCUCGGCUACGCGCUGUCGCAGCAAGGGGCCCGGAAGUUAAUGGCUGCACAACCGCUGACCAAAAUGCUGCCUGUGGACGAGUUCCUGCCGGUCAUGUUCGACAAACACCCCAACACCGAGUACAUGCUGCAGUUUGAGCCCCGGGACCUGAAGGCCUUCUCCGUGGAGCCGCUGCUCAUCUACCCCACCCACUACACCGGAGAGCCGGGCUACAUCAGCGACACGGAGACCUCCACCAUCUGGGACGACGAAGCCGUGGCCACGGACUGGGACCGGCAGCACGACCGCAAGACGGCACAGCAGGGCCGCAUCCGCUCCGUGGCACAGAACAGCGUCACCGGGGACUCGCCGCCUCCUGCCGCUCGAGCGACACAUAACGAACUCUGAUAGAGGCACUCACCGUAAAAGACUUGUGUUUAUGAAUAAGCCGUGUACACUGUGAAAGUCAUGUGUACACACACUUGACAAGACACUUGAACUACAAGCCGAGAUUCUUACCAUGCAUUUACACACAGACACACACACACACACACACACACACACACACACACACAUACGCACACAGGUAUCCAAACGGAUGACAGAGAAUUGAGAUGUCAGUCUAAUCUGUUGCCUGAUGAGUGGACACGGAGGAGCAAAGGGAAGAGGACGAAGAGCAGCAGCUUCACUCAUUCCUCAUGUGCCUCUCAGCAUGUGGAGUGUGGAGCUACAGCCUGAGAAAACUCAAGCAGCACAACUCGCUGGACAUGAAACAUUCUCACAAAUCAGUUUUACUAUUGUUUUCAAACAGAUUGUGGUUAUUUAAAAAAGAACAGAUGUGUUUUCAAUGGACAGCUGAGGAAUAAAGGAAUCUGAACGCCGUCUGGAAACAGCUGUGGGUGUGAAGCUGUGUGUUUGUGCAUGUGCGAGCAUGCACACAGGCACAAAUAUAUGCAUAUAUCUGAGCAACUGGGGAUGUUCAGCGCAGCCUUUUCUUUCCAAGCAGCAGGCCAGUAAUGGAUGCAAUUAAGUUCCAGUGUUACUGUUAUUGCAGAUUUCUCACCUUCACAGCAGGCCGGUCCUGCUGGUAGUCAUUUCAGAGCAGCCGCCAUACGUUACAUGUAGCCUGUAGGCUGUGUGUGUGUGUGUGAUGUGCAGUCACAUCUACUUUGAAUGUUUCUUAAAAACUGGAUUUUUGAAUUUUUCAUUUCCUCCACACAGGCUGUUUAUUUCCCUUCAGUUGUGG